CCCACAAAUUGUAAGGAGAACACUGUUUGCUGGCAGAACACGCUUUACAUUAAAUGCGCAGUGUAAGCUACGAAGAGGCCUCUCUGCCCCAGGGUUUACAAGCUAUUGUUUAUCAUUAUCACUUGUUCUUCCUCUCUGUGUGUACUGCCUUUUCGGUUUCUUUGAUCCCUCAAUACUUCUUAAGAAUGGAUUCAAAGAAUACUGAUCAAGUUAAAAUCGAUCAAUCUCGCUGGGUUAUUUCAAUUAGAGAUGGCCUCUAUAUAAAUCACGAAGAGGAAGAAGAAAAGGAGUUCUGCAUAGCCGUGUUCAAUGUGCCGAAGGAGUUACUGGCAGUGAAGCCUGAAGCAUACAUUCCACAGUGCGUCUCCAUCGGGCCAUAUCACCAAUGGAGAUCGGAGCUGUACGAAAUGGAGAGAUACAAAGUGGCUGCGGCUCGUAGGUUUCAGCAGAGAAUUGAUGGUCUCAAGUUCGAAUCUGUAGUCGAAGAAUUGAAGAAGCAUGAGUGGCAAAUACGGAGCUGCUACCACAAAUACCUAGACUACAGCGAGGAAGCCCUGGCAUGGCUCAUGGCUUUGGAUGCCUCGUUUGUGCUUGAGUGCUUGCAAUUCUACGUCAUACAGGCGAAUCAGGGUUUCACGGAAGUGUCAUCCGAGGUGAAGCAACUGGGCAGAGUGUUAGAUCCAUCUGGCAGGAGCACUACCCAUAAUGCAAUUAUGAGAGAUCUGAUGAUGCUGGAGAAUCAGCUGCCGUUGUUCCUUUUGCGGAAGUUGUUGGAGAUGCAGUUGGGUUCUCAUGACAAGGCAGAGGAAAGGUUUUGUAACCUGGUAAGUCUUGCCUGCGAAGAGUUAUCGCCGUUUAUGUUCAAGAUGCCAGAUAGUUCACGGCUGCGUAUAAAAGAAAGGGGACACGUUCUGGAGGUGCUUUAUUACUCCAUUGUCCCUUCUGCGGCUAUGGACAAUGGCAAUAUUCAGGGCGAUGAGACUGAAAAGGAGCCGUUGCCGGAUAUUACCUUCGUAAGACAGGUUUUGAAUUCGGCAAGGACAGUUGUGUCCUCAUUAAACGUCGGUCCUAUUCGGAGACUUACGGCACUGCCUCACCGUCUAUUCAAAGGGAGAAUCGUCCAGUUUGUGGUCAAGCUGCCCAUGCACCUUCUUUCUUCUCUAGGAAAUCUGCCAAUUCUGCGUCCUUUCAAGGGGCCCUUAACUCUGCUCUUGGGAUCCGACAAAGCAGAGAAAGAUGGGGAAGGAGAAGGAAAAGGAGAAGGAGAAGGAGGGGGUUCGUCUUUGGAAAUACCCCCUACGCGGGACGAGCUGGCUGUGCCCUCUGUUUCUGACUUAUACUCAGCAGGAGUGAAAUUCCUUCCUACGGACGGAGACCUUACCACAAUACGAUUCGACACAAUGACGACCACUCUUUAUCUUCCCAAAGUGAGGUUGGAUAACAAUUCAGAAGUCAUACUGAGAAAUCUGGUAGCGUUCGAGGCUUCAGCGGCGCCUGGUGCGUUGAUCUUCACACGCUACACUGAUUUCAUGAACGGCAUCAUCGACACAGAGGAGGAUGUUCGGCUACUGAGAAACAGCAGGAUUAUUUACAAUCAUCUGGCGAACGACGGGAAAGUUGCGAGCCUGUGGAACGGCAUGGGUAAAUGCGUGAAGCUCUCAAAAGUCAAGUAUUUAGACAAAGUAAUAGCCGACGUCAACAAGCAUUACAAUAGGAGAUUGAGCGUGGCGGUGAUGGAGUACGUGCACAAAUACAUUUAUGGUUCAUGGCAGUUGCUCACUCUUGUGGCUGCAGGGAUUCUUUUGCUUCUCACGUGUUUGCAGGCCUUCUGCUCUGUGUAUGACUGUAAGAAGUGGUGGAAUGACACAGAUUUUCUGCAGGAUUAGACGAUUACAUAAGCGCUUAUCUGAUAUGAAAUUACAUUUUAAUAACGGCAAGCCUUUUAUUUCCUUCUCUUUGGAAAGUUUUAUCUUUCAGUCAUUAUCAUUUUAGCGUAUUAAUUCCACAGUUUACUGCUUUGUUCCUUUGGGAACGGCCUGGUUUUUCUUUUUGGCCACCUCAUACAUGAUAACAGACAUUCUUCAAUUAAAAAACCUGUCUGAGCAUGUCAUAGGUGUUGCCCGUGUUCUUAGCUGUCUGCAACUUUUCUUUUCUCUUCCCUUAAAAAUUAAUGGCUGCAAUGAUGCGCUCCCAGAUUGUUUUUAUUGUAUUUAAAGAUGAUUCCUUUACUGCAAUCAAAAUAUAUGCAGUCUGUGCCAACACCGCACAGGUAUAACAAUAAAGAAAUUAUUUUCUUUAAUGUAAAGGAAUUCUGUUACUGCAAGCUCUCCGGAUAUAAUGUUCACCUUACAUUGUCGGCUCCAUUGUGGUCUUUUGUAUCCUAACAAGAGCUGCAGCGCACCGCAGUUCCUGCCAAGCGGUGGCAGAACAGUUUAGUCAAUACCGCUAAAAUUAAGAUUUGGAUGCAUGUGGGUUGUCGAUGCAUUUACCUGAUGCAUGCUCUAGAUAACGAUCAACGUUGUAAAGCUUUCAAAUAUCCCACCAAAAAAGACUUGCUGCACAAUUCUGGGUACUCCUCUCUCGGAUGAGCAAGAAGGAU